AUGGAGAGGAGCUUUGUGGAUCUUGGUGAAGAGCCUAGAGAGGAGGGGGAGGCACUGGGCUCCAGUGCGGAGGCACCAUGGGCACCCAUUCUGAAGGAGCCUAUAGGCAAAGGAAUGGGGAGAGAGGAGGCUCCCACUACUAGGCGCGCUAAGGAGCGCGAGGAGGAG